AUGGUGGCUGCUGUGAGUUCUUGUGAAAGCAGUCGCCGUUGCCAGGCACUGGAAAGAGUUCAAUUGCAUUUUUGUAGCCCAAGGCUAAACAGAAAACUAUAUCACUGUUGCUAAUCACGAAAGUCAAUGAGCAAUGAGGAAAACCAAUCAAAAAUCGAGUUGCACUAUAUUCAGCUUAUUUCACUCGCAUAAUUGGGUUUAGAUCACCGUCCACGUUUUAUUCAGCUCGGGCGUUUGAAACCUAGCAGUUUGUUCUUUAUUAGUUUCGUUGUACUAAAGAAAGAAGCUGAAACUAAAAGAAGGCCGGCCAUUCAUCCAUCUCCUGCAGAUUUCCUUUGCACUUUAGAUACCGCGCCAUCGGUGGUUAAUAUUGAUGAAAUUAUGACGAAAGGUAGGUACAAUCUCACAUGAUUUUAUAUCAUACAGAACGCCGUUGAUGGUCACUUUGAUGGCUAAUUUAAAAACAAAAAGUAGGAUUUAAGGAUUUUCCUAGAAGCCGUGAGCAGCAUGCUGCUCAGACAAGGAUAUACAUUUCAAGCGGUUAAUUUUUGAUGCGUAGCUGAUGGUGGGCUCGAGCAGUCAACUUAGGAGUGCGCGUAAUUAAUUGGGAAAAAAAAUAAUUAAUCUUUCACAAAUUUCGCCUUUGAAUAUCAGUAAUAACUGGUCGUUGCACAUCGAGGGAAACAGAGACGGCAAACAUUCCACCACUCAAUAUGACUGAAUUUUCGUGCUCGAAUUGCAUAAAUAACAAUUCGGAGCACUUUCCUUUUGAAGGAUCGAAAAGACAUUAACAACCCGAGGCGGUGUAAACAAAAACAGGUACAGAUAAAGUUAUACAAAUUAGCGCCUUCUUCUUAAUUGCAGUUACACAUUACGUGUACUAUGUGGUUUGUUGGUUGGGUUUAUUCUAUUCUAACGUUUAGUUUUAUUUUGGAAUCUAUUCCUAUAUGAGCUUUCGUUUUUUCAGCCAUUUGUAUUAUUUUAUUCUAUCAUGUCUUGAAAUAACAUACGCGGUAGUAAUAUACGUAUUAAAAAACGAAACGAAACGAAACAAUUAAAUAGAACUCUACUAAAGGCAAUGGACACAAAUCAUCGUCACUCGUGAAGUGAUGUCAAAAACAGUCGCCGCUGUAGAGUUUUAAACCUAAACAAUAUUAAAUGCGUGAACUCAAGCUACAGAAAAAAAGAAAAAUACUAACAAUGAGACAACAGUGAUGUAGUCAUGAUGUUCAGAAUUCACACUAAGCACGAAUCAUCGAAACUAAAAGCGGAAAUAAAAUGAUGUAAAGACAAGAGAACGGGCAAAAUAUUUAUGCAAUGAAUUUUAAAAAUAACUGCUGUCUUUUAAAUCUCAAUUUCUUUUACUAACUACACUAAAUUAAAUAAACCGUCUGAAAGAAAAUGGUCAAAGAUGUUAAUUUUUGUUUUUCUUUUACGCCGUAGGAGUUCUCUGUAAGGCGGUUUCUUGAUGUCACGGGUGGGGGAGGCUCUGGGAGACCUUGCCGUCGUUCGCAUUUUCUUAUUUAAAGAACCCCGUUAAUACGGCCGGAAUUUUGUGGUGCGUUGCUGACCGGAUUAACGGCAUUCCACUGUAUUCAAACAAUUCAACUUCCUAAAUAUGCGAUCAUCAAACACGAGAGUCAGAUAGGGUUAUGUUUUCCAAUUUUGAAACCGUACUAGUUUCAAUUUUAUACAGCGUGACAUCUAAGCGUUUCUAUUGACUCGUAAUCGUUUCAGCCUAAUGGCCUGUCGAUCAGCUUAUAAGCUGUACACAUAUGAAAUGAGAAAAUGAUUUUUCGUGUACAGCAAGUUACUUAUCAGUUGACAUGCAGCCUUAAAACGUCGACUAAACUCGAGACGUCCCUGGUGAGAACUGAACCAAAUAAUAAUCAUUUACGAUCCGAGUGACGAGAAAGCAAGAUUUAAUGAUCACGAAUUGACCAGCAAAAAGAUGAAUUAUAAUCCAAAACUUAACAUAUUGUUCAGAAGGAGGGGGGGGGGAGACUUUUCCGCUCCUUAUUUACUUUAAAUGGUUGAACCUUUGAAAGCAUUGAAGAACUGAACUUCACUGAUUGACUGACUUUUUCCAAAAUUUAUCUGGCAAGACUUUGGUGGGACAUACUAUAGACCCUACUCAUAAAUGGCCGCCAUUUUAAUAUUAUUUUGUAUGCAUCAGUUUAAAUUAACCCAACUGACCUCGUUUGAGAGUGAAAGUUCUUUUGAAUUAUCAACUCAAAAACGAGUUUAGUUGGGUAAACUUUAAUAAUUACAAAAGAGUUUUUAAAUAGCAGCCAUUUAUGAAUAGGCCGGGUCUAUUGGUCGAAGAUCUGGAUGUCUCAUGGCAACCUUACUUUGACAGGCAUGUUUUUUCAAAUUUCGAAUUUAAUUCCGUUGAAUUAAAUGAAUUUCUCUUUACUUUCUUGUAGUAACUUCAUUUCUAAAGAUAAUUUUAGCUUUUGUUAUCAGUUUUGACAAGAGGCCAUGACCUUGAUCAUAGUUUUGAUGGUUUGACCAUUUUUGGCGGUUUGCGAACGUUUUGUAAAAAUCAUAAGAUCCCAUGAUAAAUCCAAGAUGGCGCCUGUUCAGAAUUUAUAACGUUUUUUGGACCGGCUUUACAUCCUCAAAAAUUGAUAGCCAUAGCGUUAAUAUUCUUAACAGUUACAGGGUAAGGGACUCAAAGCCUCUACAUUCUCCACAGGCUUUUUUUUUCCUGAGCCCAAAGAGCGAUUGGAAUCCGGAGACCGGGAGUGAGCGAGAAAGCGCUUUUAUUAUCGCGCAGUUGACUGGGCACGAGGCAGCCAAAGUCCCCCAUUUCCGUGCCAGAGGACAAAAAAAAAAACCGGCCUGAGAUAUUAGAAAUCAGAAGUAACCAUUUCAGCUUCUUCUAAAUGAAAUCAUACUUAUAAGGAGCACGCUCUCCGAUUUUCAAGGAAAGCCACAGUGUAGAAUCCUUUGCCGACUAAAUCACUCUGGUAGAACCAUUUUCGCUAACUUAACGGCAGUUUCGUCCAGGGUUUGCAAAUGAAGACAAAUAAAAGUGCAAUAUUAUCUUGCUGCGUGUAAAAUAAUACCGGUUCUAUCUCUUGUGUUGUGAUCGAUGAUACCACUCCUUUUCAGUUAAUGCAAUAAAAACGCUAUCAAACAACUCUCAAUCAAUGAUACAGAAGUUGUGGCCGGGCCAUGCAUUUCCGUGACGCAAAAGAAUAUGUACCAGAAUAGCGCGAUCACAAAUGUGGGUUACCCAACUCCUCUCUGAGUUAUCAGCAUUUAAACCUAAAUUUAAGGUGACUCUCACAGGGUCGUACGUUGAACUGAAAUGAAAUGGUAUAGUCUUGAUCUGGCUAGCAACGGUAGAUAAUAUGUAAUUGGAAAUCUUCGUGUGCUGAAAUAUUCGUAAGAUAUCAGCUCUCUUUUUCUAUGGAAAUUCAGUGAAAUCCUAUAGCAUGUGUUUUUGAAAAGAUUGUGAUCAAGUGUUUAGUGAAGGGAAGCAUUGUACCGUGAACGUAAUCGUAAAUAACCGGUAGAACGCAACAGCGGAUAAACAAAUGAAGCGUUUAAACAAGUGAUCACAAUAGCUGUGAAGUGUCGGGCCUUCGAGGCGCUGAACGAAAAGAGGUGCAGUGAAAAAUACUAAUCGUAAUUAAUAUUCCAGGUGCAUUCUCCAAUCUGGAUUAAAUUGCUUGAGGUUGCCGUGUUGGACAGAUGCUACAAAGAUGGUGAAAAAUAUCUCGUUCUGAUCGACAAGAUAAAAACACCUUGAACGAGACUCAUUAAUAAUAUUGCGAAUUAUAAACUGAAAACCGUAGAAAGUUUCGACGAUGGAUUUUGGCACAGAAACAUUGGAUUCGUCCUCCACGGAUCUCCAGAGCGAUCAAGCGAACAAGAGAAAGGCGUUCUCUUCUAAAGAAGGAGAGCAAACGAUUCAUACAUAUGUCUUUGGCGUGUUUGGCUUCAUCCUACAAAUUUUCUUCUCUAUCGGAAUUUCAGCAUCUCAAGACAUCUUGGAAGAAACGUUGGUUCCCACUCCAGUUGUUUUAAUCUCUGCCUCGCUACCUUUCUCCUUCAUCACUUCCAUUCUCCCAUAUUUCGUUCUCAAGCUGGCGCAGGAAGUUCUCUUGGUACCAAUAGUGUUCCUGAGUAUCACCGGUGUGUUGCUAUACGCCUUGGUCGAACAUGUGGUUCUUCGUGUAACAGGUGUGAUUGUUGUCUCAACCGGAAUAGCCAUUGGAGAAGUGACGUUCGUGGCGAUGACAGCGCUUUACAGCGACGCCGCAAUGAGUUCUUAUGCUACGGGCACAGGGAUAGGAUUUGUCAUUGGGCCUCUGUACUAUGCAGCAAUGACAACCAUAAUUUGCGUGCCUCCAGAAACAACUCUUCUUAUCAUCUCCUGGGUGCCUGUAGUGAUCUUUCCUUUUUACGCUGUCUUGGAAAAGAGGCAGUUUAAACCUGCACAAGACGCUACAACGCACAAAGAUGUGGCUUACACUUCACUUAAUCUAAAGACUGAACAAGAGGAAGGAAAGUCAAUGUGGAGUGAAAAAAGAACUUUAAUCUGGCGAAAUCUUCCGCUAAUGAUAGCAUGUUUCUUCGGAUAUUUCGCCGAGUUUUUGACCCUUAAUGGCGUCGUCACAUCACUGGCCUUCCCUAACUCACCUUUCGACCCGAGGAACCAUUUUGUUUACUACGCAUGCGCGUUUAUGAUCGGCGAAUUCAUCGGCAGAUCCUACAUAACUCUUCUGCUCCUGUUGAACUCCAAAUGCACGCCGGUUAUAACGAAAACUUGGACUUUAUCGACAGUGCUUUUGAGCUUGUUUAUCUUUUUAACUUUUGCCUCAUGGUAUCGCUUUCUUCACAGUGUAUGGGUUGUGUUAUUGUUGAUAUUUAUUGUGGGUCUUUUGGCGGGAAGUUUGUACCUGAACACCUUUCUCAUGGCGGUAGGCAGCGAAGAUGUCAAAGGCAAGGCUUUUUCGCGCGCUUUUCUUUCGGUCGGACCCAGUACCGGCGUCUUAGUCGCCGGUUUAGUCGGACUGGUACUGGAACCAACCCUGAGGGAACAUUGUCUCCAGUCAGCUGAAUUUAGUGAUUUCUGUUUUACAAGAGCUAUUGGUGGAUGGAAUAGAACUACAUCGUGUUUGCGGUAACCGAGGAAGGUCAUAAAUAACAAGAUUGAAUUGUAAAGAAAUUGCUAUGUUGCAUCGACAGAAAGGUGAAAAUUAACCCAUGUGAACUUGAAUGCCCGCCCUGCCAAGUUUUUGAAAGCCGACUUUUCGGGCAUUAGCUCUUCUGGGUUUUAGCCCGAGCAAUCGACUGUUUAUAAUUACUCAGUAUUGAGAUAACUAAGAUUAAUUAACCAAACAUGAAAAGGUGUAUUACAAUCAACGCAACAGAAAUAAAACACAUAUACAUGUUACUGAAAUCAGGCUGCGAACUUAUUUUUGGAGUUAAAUUUCUAGGACUUUUCAAGGACAUUCCAGAAGAUAAAUUCUAAUUUUUCGAGGACGCUACCCACUUAAAAAGUACCAUUAAUAAAAUUUGAUACUAGAUUAUGUGCUUAGAUUUAAGUCCAGGAUACCCGCAAGAUUUGUUUUCAUUU